AUGGAUCGAAGUUCUUCACUCUAUUGGACUGCAGGAGAGGCUUUUGUUAAGUUCGAGUCUCAGAUCGUACCAAACGUAUAUCUACUUACGUUCGCAACACCUUGGGGACGAUAUUGCUGCAAACGUCUUCCAUUUGGCAUCUCCUUAGCCCCAAAAGUAUUCCAACGGAUCAUGCAAGAACUUUUUACUGAUCUCACAAAGGUAAAAGUAGCAAUUGACGAUAUCCUAAUACACGCAAGAACAAUAGAGGAACUCAGACGCACUACUGAAAAAUUUCUAACGAUUAUCCAAGAAAACGGUCUGAAACUAAAAAGAGACAAAUGUCAGUUCGAACAGUCUAAAAUAAAAUUCCUCGGACAUAUUAUCUAUCGUAAGGGCAUGUCAGCAGAUCCAGAAAAAACAGAAGCAAUCCGUCGAAUAAAGCCCCCAACUAACCGAAAAGAACUCCAGCGCAUCCUUGGUUACUUCACAUAUUUAAGUAAGUUUAUACCAAACUAUUCGCAGAUGAUGACACCACUUCGAAAACUCCUUGAGAAAUCAACUCAAUGGGUAUGGGAUGAAAUCCAACAAAAGUCAUUUGACGAAUUAAAAGAAAUUAUCACAAAGCCACCCGUACUCAAACUUUACGACCCGGUAGCAUAUGCAUCCAAAUCGCUAACCGAAUGUCAACAGCGAUACUCUCAGUUGGAGAAGGAGGCCCUUGCUAUCAAGUUCGGAUGCCAAAAAUUCCAUGAAUACGUGUGGGGUAAGCAACUAGUUGUCGAAUCAGACCACAAGCCUUUGGAAUCAAUAUUCCAAAAACCUUUACAUGCAUGUCCAGCUAGACUCCAAAGAAUUCGCUUGAGCUUAUUGACUUACAACCCAAAGGUGAUCUACAUAAAAGGAUCAAGAAUGUUCCUGACAGAUCCACUAAGUCGCGAUGUUGAAAAUACACCUCCAGUUUAUGACAGAGAAGACAAUAAAUUACAAGUUCAAUCAGUAUUGGCCAUAACGGUUGCAGAACACAGUCGCUUGACAAAGUUAACAGCUGCCGAUGAAUCAUGUCAACAACUGUUCAAAUACAUUUCAACCAUAUCACCUAAUCCAUAUUGGUACUUCCGCGAAGAACUCUCAGUUUGCGAUGGUAUAAUCCACAAGUCACAUAAAACGCUCAUACCUGAAGCAAUGCGUUAUGAGAUGUUGAUUCAUGGAGGUCAUCUCAGCUACGAAAAAUGUAUACGUCAUGCAAGAGAAUACGUAUUCUGGCCAAAACUGACAAAGGAUUUACAGAAUUUCAUCCAAAAAUAUGCAUCUUGUCAAGUUCAUCAGCGUAUCAACAACAAACACCCCAUAGAAUCCAAAGUGGUCCCCAAAUUUCCAUUUGAAAUUGUUGUUACCGACCUUUUCCAUUUCUUGGAAGAAGAAUACAUUGUUCUCACUGACAGUAAUAAUUCAGGAUUCAUCACAUUUAAAAAAUUGAAAGAAACAACAGCAAGUAAUGUUAUCAACUUUUUGAAAAACAUUUUUGCUUGCCAUGGAAUCCCGAAAGUGUUGGAACCGGAUAAUGUUCCACAAUUUUCAUCUGUUGACUUCAAAAAUUUCGCAAAGCUAUGGCAAUUCGACCACCGUACCAGUUCACCACAUCAUCCAAGAGGAAAUGGCUUGGCAGAAAGAGCUGUACAAACCACUAAACAAAUAUUAAAGAAGUGUCACUACGACAAUACCGAUUAUUACAUGGAUAUCCUUAAUUUCAUGAAUACACCUAGAGGAAAUAUCGGUACACCAGCCCAACGUCUAUACUGCAGAAAUCUCAGAUCGCAAACUCAGUCGCUUAUGCCAAGUCAACAAAAUAACAUCACAGAAGAACUGAACAAUUUGAGACAUAACCAAGCUAUAAACAACAGUCAUGGUUCCACACCACCUCAACAGCUAAAUAUUGGACAGAAUGUUCUUACUCGCAUCGAUAAGAAAGAAUGGGAUCUUGACCUUGACGAAAACAAAGAAAUUCAAAACAUACCGAGCUCAGAAGACCCGAUUGACGAAAAAUCAUCUAAUCCAACAACAACAACUCAAGCUGAGAAUCAACAAGUGAAUUCACCACAGAAAUCUACUCGCUCUGGGAGGAUCAUCCGACGCCCACUCCGACUAGACUUGUAA